AUGGGGGACUUUGGAGGCGCAAGCCUUUUUUCAAACACUCCGACGACAGGGUGCAGACAAACGAGCACGUCGUCAACAGUAACGCUGCUAAGCAACCAAGUAGGAGCUAUGCAAGACGAUCUUUUGAUAGAAAAGCAGAGUAGCGCUAAAGCAGCGCCUCUUUCACCAGGGCUGGAUCCACCCGGUGAUAAAUCCAAGGAUGUUUCUGAGGCUGAAAGCAUCGCCAUCGCUCCGUCUACGACCUCUUCUAUGGACAAGGAGAUUUCUGGGAAUUCUUCGAGCUUGCAAGGAUUCACAGAGCCAGUUAGAGUUCCUAGCUUGUGGGCGAACACAUCUGAUGAUUCGGGGCUUCAUUCGCUCCCGGUCAAUGGUUCAAUAGCGACUUUUCAAAACUUCCCGGCUGGUGGACCAGGAUUGUUUGCUGGGUCGGGAUCUAGGCGAGCUAUCACAGCGAGUCAUAAUUUUCCUCAGCAUGGGAAUGCAAGCGCUCCGGGAAGACAUGGCCUCCAAGUUGGUAAUCAGCAACAACAACAGCAACAGCAACAGCAACAGCAGCAGCAGCAGCAGCAGCAGCAGCAGCAACAACAGCAGCAGCAGGCUCAGCAGACGGGCCAACAACCGCCUUCUUCUCAUCCUGGGGUCUAUCUUCAUGGGAAAGGAUACGCUGCUUGGUCAGGUGGUCCUCAGGGGCCUCAACAAUGGGGUGGAGGACCACAAGCUACCGCCAGCUCGGCAUUGUCACCCUGGAGUCGCGGUAGAUCCGUGCCAAAUCUCCCACCACUGCAUUCAUCCUUGCAUGCCGCAGCGGCGGUCGCUGCGGCUGCUGGCUUGCAAGGCAGAAAACCUAGUCCGACAUUUCCGGGGCAUUCGGGCCCAAAUCAAUCUCAUCCUUCGAAUAUCAGCCCGGUUAAGUUUCGCAGGAGCACUUCGUAUCCUGGAAAGGGGAACCUUUAUCCGCCUCAGCAGGCACCCACUUUUGAAGUUACUACCGCUGAAGAAAGAGAUUUGCUGCAGUUACCUUAUCAGCAGGUUAGUUGA